AAAGGGUCUUUUCAUAUGCAAAAGAAGGGGGAGGGGGUGAGUGUCUUAUUUCCCACUUGCAGUGGGCUUUCCAGCUACCUUUUCAACAGGGCUAAACUGAGAGCUUCUAACUCAGCUUACAAAGUUAAGAAGUACAACUAAGGAUCAUAUAUUUCAUUAUGGAGGACAUGAAAGAACAGAGAAUCCUUGAAUUUGUUCUAGAGAAUGCAUUACACGGUAACCCUCAGAGCGUGUUGGACAAUAUAGACAAAUACUGCCGAAACCAGGAGUGGGCCAUGAAUGUAGGAGAUGAAAAAGGUCUGAUUCUGGAUAAAGUGGUGCAAGAUACUGACCCACUGGUGCUUUUAGAGCUGGGCACAUACUGUGGAUACUCUGCUAUUCGGAUAGCUCGGUUAUUAAAGCCUGGAGUUCGUCUCUUCACUAUAGAGAUGAAUCCAGCUCAUGCUACUGUGGCCAAGCAGAUGAUUGAAUUUGCCGGAGUGUUUGACAAGGUGCAAUUACUGGAAGGGUCCACAGCUGAUAUCAUCCCAGAGCUAAAGCAAAAAUAUGCAGUGGAAACCCUAGACUUUGUAUUUUUGGAUCACUGGAAGGACAGAUACAUCAUAGAUACAAAACUAUUAGAGGAGUGCCACUUACUCAGAAAAGGGUCAGUGUUAUUGGCUGAUAAUGUUGUCUAUCCUGGAAUCCCAGACUUCCUUGAAUAUGUCAGAACCUGUGGUCGUUAUAACUGCAUAAACUAUCCAUCUCAUGUACAGUACAUGAAUAAGGAAGAUGCACUGGAAAAAGCUGUAUUUCAAGGUUAUCAGUGAUUAAAAGAACAAUCUACUAAAGAAGAGCAGGCACUAAAUUUGCAUUAAAAUGUGAAUAUAACACAAUACAAGCUCUGUAAUAUCACAUGUGCAAUUGUCAUGUAAUGUGGUGUUAGAGACACCUGUCAUGUACUACUGACUUGCAAAUUGAUGCAGGGAACAUAGUUUGAGCACUAUGCAGUAAACUAUCGUACUCUGUUACCUAGUGACACGGGAGUAAAUUGCCAUAAUGUAGGUAAUGUGUUAAAAUAUUGUGCUUUAUACAUACAUACAUAUGGAAGUAAAAAAAUAAAUAAA